UUCCCAUAUUCUGUGUGAGCUAGAUGUCUAAUAUUAUACGACCUUCUCAUUUAAGGUUGCUGAAACGUUAAGAUGGACAAACCACAGAAUGACCACCCAGCAGAUCACAAGCAGUCAAUCACAGCCUGUCUGUUGAGCGCAGCCUUCUUCGGUGCCCUUGGGUCGUCUUUCAUUUACGGCUACAACCUCUCCGUGGUCAAUGCUCCUGCUUUGUUCAUUAAAGCUUUCUACAAUACCACAUGGAUUGAGAGAUAUGGGGAGCCUCUUGCAGCAGAGACAGCCACCCUCCUCUGGUCCGUCACGGUGUCCAUAUUUGCUAUCGGUGGCCUUCUUGGAGCUCUCGCUGUCUCUAUAAUCCUCAAAGUACUGGGAAGAAAGGGAACCUUGCUGCUGAAUAACGGCUUUGCUGUGAUAGCUGCUCUGCUGCUGACUCUGGGUGAAAGGGCCAAAUCUUUUGAGAUGCUCAUCAUUGGCCGGCUCAUAAUCGGGGUAAACUCUGGCAUAGCUCUCAGCGCCCUCCCCAUGUACCUUGGCGAAAUUACGCCAAGACAUAUCCGAGGUUCAAUAGGCCAGUUCAACUCCAUCCUGAUCUGCUUGGGAGUGUUCACAGGACAAGUGCUGGGGCUGCCCGAGCUGCUGGGUCAGGAAUCCAGAUGGAGCUACCUGUUUUCCUUCCUGGCGUUGCCGGCAAUACUGCAACUGUGUGUGCUGCCCUUCCUCCCCGAGAGUCCUCGCUACCUGCUGAUAGAAAGGAGGGAUGAGGCUGGAGCAGAAAGAGCCUUUCAGAGGUUUUUGGGAAAGAAAGAUGUGUCCCAGGAGCUGGAGGAGGUUCACGCGGAGGCUCGGGCUCAGGAAAACCAGCACAUGGCCUCCAUGUUACAGCUGCUGAGGAGCCCAGCUGUUCGCUGGCAGCUCAUCACCAUCAUCAUAACUAUGGCCUGCUAUCAGCUCUGUGGCCUCAAUGCUAUCUGGUACUACACCAAUGGGAUCCUUCGGAAUGCAGGCUUUGCCGAAAACAUUAUCCCCUACAUCACACUGACCACUGGGGCCAUAGAGACUUUGGCUGCCAUCAUCUCGGGCUUGGUGAUUGAACGAAUCGGGAGGAGGCCCCUCCUCAUCUUUGGGUUCUCUGCCAUGGCCGUAUUCUUCAGCCUACUCACAGUGUUCCUCAAUUUUCAGGACAGGGUGUCAUGGAUGCCCUACCUCAGUUACAUCUCUAUACUGGCUGUGAUAGCGUCCUUUUGCUCUGGUCCAGGUGGCAUCCCCUUUGUUCUGACUGGGGAACUGUUUGAACAAUCCUACCGACCUGCCGCCUUCAUGAUUGCUGGCACAGUUAACUGGCUGGCCAACUUUGCUGUGGGUCUCCUGUUCCCAUUUAUUCAAGAGACGUUGCAGUCCUUUGCCUUCCUGGUGUUUGUGGUGGUCUGCGUCUUGGGAGCUAUCUACCUCUUUGUCGUCCUACCUGAGACCAAAAAUAAAACAUUUAUGGACAUCAGUAAAAGCUUUGCCAAGAUCAACAAAAUCCCUGCCCCCUUGCCCAGUAAUGAAAUGGAGCUGGUUCUGUCCAGUAAGCCUGACAUGAAUGGAAUAGUCCAAGAUAUUGCUAAAAUGGAGAGUUCCUUCUAGCUGAACAAUCUAUACUAAUGGUGGAGAAGCAAGGUUGAAACAUAAAGUGAAAGUAUUUGUUGUUUGUACAUAUUAUUUAAUGCCUGUGGUCAAUUACAUGAAAACCAAUGAUUUAGGUUCAAUGUAUUGUGGUAUUUUAUAGAUGUUUUGUAUGACUGUACAGCAGCUAUUUGUUUACUGUUUGUUGCUUAUUACAAUGAAACAAACCAACUAGA